AAACAUCCACUUUAUUUUUAAGAUGGUAGUUGGUGAAACUGUAAACAUGAUCGACUCUUCUCCUUUAUGGUGCAACGCUUGUCUUCAAAGAUUUGAGAGUCCUGGGCAGUUGAACGAGCAUGUAAUGACUUGCAGCCCUCUUCACAACAAGGUGCCUCCCAAGAGGAUGAAGAUCAGACCAGCACAGAACCCUCGUAUAUUUAAAUGUGAACGACUGGAUUGUGGCAUGAGAUUCACUAGAUGGACCAACCUAAAAAGACACAUGCUUACCCAUACCGGUGAAAAACCCUACCCGUGCAAAGUGGAGGGUUGUGGCAAGAGAUUCAGUCAACUUGGUAACCUGCACACGCACAUGUACACGCACACUGGAGAACGACCCUACCAAUGUACGAAAUGUCCUAAAGCCUACAACCAGUCCACUGCACUCAAGCGACACAUGAGGUGCCACACGGGCGAGAAACCGUUUACAUGUCCCCAGUGCAAGAAGAGCUUUUCUAACUCUACUCACCUAACUACACACAUGAGGACACACACGGGGGAGCGACCUUAUCAGUGUGACUACUGCAGCAAAAAGUUCUCUCAACACUCCUCUCUCUACAUGCACAUGCGUUGCCACGUCUCUCUCCCUCACACUAUGACGUCAUCACAGCAACGUAUGACGUCAUCACAGCAGCUCAUGACGUCACCUGUCACUUCUACCAAGAAUAAUAAUGUGAAGGAGGGUUCCCCCCUGAACUGUGUCCAGUGUUUCCUCCCUUUUAACGAUAUAGGAUCUCUGGAACACCACAUGGUCUCGGCGCAUUCUGAAAGAACUGAUAACAAUAUCACAGUCCGUCUAGCUCGACCCUACAACCCAUACCUCCCACCUUUCGACCGUGCCAUGACCUCAACACCACGUGACGUCAUCACAACACCACGUGACGUCAUCACAACACCACGUGACGUCAUAACAACACCACGUAGUAUGACAGACAUGAGAGGACCUAUCUGUUACAGCAAGAGCCCGGGCAGACCAGCAUUUCCAACAGAUAACAGCUUGAGCUACCCUUGUUCCAGAUCAAACGUCAUUGUCUCUCCGAUAGCAAUGUACCCAGCGGCCCUUAAAAGACGAAGUGCAGUUAUACACCACGUGACGUCCCCUCACCACGUGACCUCCCCGCAUCACGUGACCUCACCCCAGAACUUUUACACUAGUCCUACGUUGGAAGGACACACUGUAGUGAGUGAUGAAACUGCACCAGAAAGAUCGAGGAAGCCCUCUUCGGAUCUGUCUCCAGAACACAAACAAUAUCUGGCUCUCUCCAGUCUACUGAUAUUCUCUAAUUUAGUGGCUACCACCACAGCUGCGAUGCGCUUUAAUGUUGCCUGAAUUUAAGCAACACUGCGCUUUGAUCGGUUAGUUUGUGUCAUGUGACUAGAAGACUGCUUCUUGAUUGGUUAGAUUGUGAACUGAAAUACUGUCUUUUGAUUGGUUACCUAAAAUUUGUUUUGCCGAAUUUGCCUUGUGUGGCCUUACUAAGAACCGGUCAGUCAUCAUUUUGGUCUAUUUGGUAGUUUUUGUCUACUUGAUUUAAUGAUCGGUCACUCCUACGACGCGUAUCCUUACCCCUUAAUAUGUCCAAUCAUUGAGAUUAGAGGCAUUGUAACCAUUGGACUGGCAUUGUAAUGUGGACCAGCAUUGUAACUUAAUUUAAUGUUAGUGUUAGUUAAUUAGCUUAUUAUAAAAUCUAUAAUUAGUUUAGUGGAUCUACUAAAUUAAAAGAUAAAGUCUAAUUGCUAAAUUUUUCAAGUAGUUAAUUUAAGGUUGUGUCAUAACUAAUCGUGGAUAUGACCCGAAAUUAUUUAUUUAUUUAGAGUAAAUGAGUUUAUCAACCGUAGAAAUCAAUGUUUUUUUCUUCUUGAUACUAUGAUUGAUGAAUCCAUUAAUUUGUAAGCCAUAGUUUGGCAUUUGGAUAUGAAACAUUUUUAAUUAAACAUCUUUAAUUCGAACCAAUGACUAGAAUUUGUGUUUGGUUUCCGUUUUUUCAGUGUUGUCAGACAUAUCAAUUAUUAUAAAUGAUGUGUUGAAAAUGCUAAUUUGUGUUGAGAUGAUAUCUGAAAAUAUUUAGAUUAAAUUAUUUGAUGAUGUUUACAUUAAUAUUUAUUUAUCAUUUAUGACAAUAUUUUGGAUGAAUUAAUUUGUUUUAUUUUGCGGUCC